CGUCGGCGCGCGUGUUUUAAAUAAUUUAUUCGAGAAAAUAUUUAAAAAUUUGAAUUUUUUCGAUAAUUAACACAAAAAAAAAAAUUUCAAAAAAAUUCACUUCUUCAUAAAUAUUUCAGAAGGAUGAGGGGCAAAUAGACAAAUUUUAUAAUAAUAAUAAAAAGGCUUGCAAAUUAUAUUCAAUUAUGCAUUUAAAUAUUAUGAUAAUCGGUUUUGUGUUGGUAUUUGUUGUUAUUUUAAUAAAUUGUUGCUGUUAUUCGGUUAUUGCUGCCACCGGAGUAGUUUUUCCGUCGUCUUCCGCAACUAACACAUCUUUAACACAACUGGACGAGAUAAUAUUUUUGGUCUUAAGCCAAGAAAAUAAAUAUCACAGGGGAAUUGCAGAGUCGUUAAGGCGGAAUAUUUUAAGGCAAUCACAAGAGUUGAACCUCACAAAGCCGUAUGUUUAUUUGACGCACGAGACAUUUCGACAUCGGAACGGCGCUUGGGCGAUUAUUCCAAUAAUAGAGGAUGUUUAUCGGGAUCUCGUGCAACCGCAAAAGACAAAGUUUGUGAUACUUCUCGAACCAAAUACUCAUGUAAAUAUUUCUGUGUUAUUAAAAUAUCUAAGUAAGGAGGAUUAUCAAAAGGAGCAAUAUUUUGGUUAUCCAGUGUACGAUAAGGAAGCAACGAUUACCCAUCAUUUUUCAUUCUUCAAAAAUCCAUCACAAUUUAAGUAUCCGCUGUUGAGUGCGGGCAUCGUGUUGACGGUAUCGCUAUGGAAAAGAUUGGUAGAAACGUUGCCUAAUACGACAUUUCCGUCGGAGUUUUCCAUUGAUCCGGCACACGAGUUGGCGUUAUUUAUUCUGAACAGCGUCAAUGGAACACGAUUGACAUCAGCUUCUUCGUAUCACUGCAUCCGUGCACCGAAUUCAAUAAUGAAGGCGACGCGAAAGGGAAACAUACAAGCAGGAGCGAAAGAAUGUGCGAUUUAUCGAAAAGAGUUCACGCCAUGCACAAAGUUGAAAUACAACGGAAUGUUUGACGAGCAACCACUUGUUGGAAUCUACAAUCGACUUAUCGUCGCUGUGAAAACAUGCAAAAAAUUUCACGAUGAACGACUUUCGGUUGUUCUGAACACUUGGGGGCGUUUAAUACCGCAUUUGAGGAUUUUUAGUGAUACAAAAGAUAAAAGACUCGGAACUGUCGCAACAGGUGUGCCAAACACAGAAAUGGGUCAUUGUGCAAAAACAAUUAAAAUUUUAAAACUUCUCGACGCAGAAUUAACGCGAAAUGCGAGUUUAUCCGACAUUCAGUGGGUUGUGUUAGCGGAUGACGAUACGAUUCUGAGUGUCAGUGCAUUAGUUCGUCAUUUGGCUUGUUAUUCGCCGUACGAAGAUCUGUAUUUGGGCGAGCGAUAUGGAUAUUUUCUCUUGAAUGAUGCCGGUUACAAUUAUAUCACGGGAGGAGGAGGAAUUGUCUUCACACGGACAACAUUGAAAAAAUUAGCGACAAAUUGCACGUGCCCAACGAGCCACAGCCCCGACGACAUGAUCGUUUCAACGUGUCUAAGCCAAUUUCGUAUUCCCGCAACACACUCGUCAAAUUUUCAUCAGGCACGUCCCAUUGAUUAUCCCGCUGCCGUUGUAGCUGCCGACAGAACAAACACAAUUUCAUUUCAUAAAUAUUGGCAAAUAGACCCGUAUGCCGUGUAUGAAAAAUGGUUCAAAGAAAAUGAUGAAAAUUUUUUAUUCCGUAAUUCAAUUAAAAUCGCAUCUAAUGAACAUCCCCGAACAGCAGCGGAUGAUGUUGAUGAAGUACAAAUAAUGAAUGCGGUAGAUGUCGAUGGCAAUGCGAACAAUGCCAAUGUUAUCUUCAACGCGAAAAAACACUCGGAUUACGAGAUGAACCACACAGAUUUAUAACGUUGUUGUUAAUAAACUGAGCGCCGCUCGUUAAAUUAUUACAGGAGACACACAAAAAAUGUUUUUUUUUUUAAAUUAAUUGAUUGAUGAACGUAAUUACUCACAACAGAUGGGCGCAAAAAAACCACAAU